AUGAAGAUCAUGGUGGCCGUCAAGCGCGUGGUCGACUAUGCCGUCAAGAUCAGGGUGAAGGCGGAUAAGGUAAUUAAUCGAGCAUCGGCCACCAUAGUUGUCUCCCCCUUCCGUCUCUUACGGUGGUGUCCAAUCGUCCAUGUCGUCAGACCGGGGUGGAGACGAGCAACGUGAAGAUGUCGAUGAACCCCUUCUGCGAGAUCGCCCUCGAGGAAGCCCUCCGCAUCCGGGAAUCUGGCGCCGCCUCGGAGGUUGUGGCCGUCUCGGUAGGGCCCUCGCAGUGCGUGGACACCCUCCGGACUGCCCUCGCCAUGGGCGCUGACCGGGCGGUCCACGUCUCCGUCGACGCUGGAGUUCCACUGUAUCCGCUUUCCGUAGCGAAGGUCAUCCGGGCCCUCGUGGAGGGGGAGAAACCGGGGCUCUUGAUCUUGGGCAAGCAGGUGGGUUGGGAGCGGCGCCUGUUCUAUUACUUGUCAUCCUCCAACCUUCAUUUACGUGCCCAUCCAUCUGAUUUCGGUGAUGGUUAAAUCUUAUAUUGUUUAGGAAAUAUCGUGAAUUUUCAGGCAAUCGAUGAUGAUUGCAACCAGACAGGACAGAUGGUGGCUGGGCUGCUUCGAUGGCCACAGGGAACAUUUGCCUCCAAGGUGAUACGAGGAAAAUAUUUUCUUCUUUUCUCGAUCGUUUGGAGUUCCCUGCGAUACCUUCAAAAUGUUCUCCGUGGAAGCUGAUUGCAGAAAUUCCUGAUGAACAGAAGAGUAAAAUGUCUUCCUUACGAUCACGAGCCGCUUGGGAUUUUUAUCAAGAUAGCUUUCUGCUUUUCAUUAUUCGCCAUUGCAUCCUGUGCACCACACUCUGGAUGGAUGGGAGGGUUUCUCUGUCGUCCCACAUCUUCCUCUUCGAUUUGAGUUGCAGAAUUUCCCCUGAAACAACUGCCAAAUGCGAUUUCCGACUUUAAUUACACAGUUUGAUAAGGAUUCAAACUAACAUCUCGAUAGUGAGCUUCUCCCCCCCAUCACGGAGCUUCUAGGAACUGAUGCACCGAAAAUUUUGCCAAAGGAAUGCGGACAAGACCAACUUCAUUUCCAGCUCAUCCCGUGCCUUUGAUUUCUCCGCCGGGCAUUUGAAGUUAGAUCAAACCCCACCGCAGGAAUGCGAUCUGUAGAAAUGACCCACAUCAUCUCUAUCUAAAACCAAGGUGGGCGUAAUUCUCCUUCAAUCCUGGGGAGUUCCAAUUUUAGGGGGACGAAGAGAACUAUGUCCAUGGAUUGUACACCUGUCAUGUGUCAUCUCUUCAAAUGCCUUUCGACUUACUCUAAGAUAUAUGCAAUAUUUCACCAUUCUUGUCCAGUUCAUGGGCCAUCGCCUAUUAUUUGAUGUUCAUGACAUGAUGAAGGCCUCAACAUUGAUCUCACCACCAUGACUAUCUUGAUUGAUGCCGAUUCCGAUGGUUGAACGAUGUUUCUGAAUCCUCCCCUCCCCCCACCUGAAGGUGUUCUGCCUACAUGGGCACACAGACAGAGAUCUAAUAUGACGAGGUUUUCAUGUGUUUACUAGAUAGACUUCUAUGUAAUAAUGGUUUUUCACGGAGGAUCGUUCUUUUUUGAUCCUCAUGCGCUUAAUAUGUUCUAUCGUUUGUUCUUGGGGCAUGAAGAGAGGCUGCUUUUGCUGCUAUUUUACUAUCGAUUCAACUUGUUGUGAUGAUAUUAGAUGCUUCGUCAGGUUGCAUUGGACAAAGACAAACAGACGGUGACUGUUGAAAGGGAGGUGGAUGGGGGGCUCGAGACUCUAUGCCUAGACCUACCGGCAGUAAUCACGUAAUGGCCUUCCUUUUGCUUGGUGUUAUUUACCACUUGUGCUCAUAUUUUCAUGCUUUCUUCUUCAUGGAGAGAGGGUACCUCUGGAGAUCAGAACUUCCGCUUUUCUCUUGGGCUUCGUGGCAAUAUGACUGGAAACCCCAGUCCGCGCCAUCUUGAUUCUUAGGAAUGUACACAGAGAUGUAAUUCAUUGACUCUUCCAACUGCAACUGGGAUCUGAUUGGUUGCAGCUGAGAGCAAGAGUUGGAAGAACUUAUGGAGUUUCUGGCCUUCUUUAAGGGUUCGACUUAGAUUACUCCCCAGGAUCAUGCGUGUGACGCAGAAAUUUGGCACGUUGGUCUCCAAAGGCCAGGAUCUUUCUGGGAUUCUCAAUCUGUGAGAUUUUUUAUCGAUAAUAUGAUCUUCAGAAACGGAUUGGGUCCAGUCAGAUCGAGAUGGAGAUGGAAUUCUGCCAUGAAACUCAUAGGGCAAAACUUUGGAUUCGUGAUGAAAGAAAAACGAUAUAAUCUCGGGCAGAAACAUCCAGAUAAUCUUCUGACUUGUGCACAUUGAGAAUCGGCCGUGUUUAUAGAUUGAGUUGCAGUAUGAAUUUGUGUUGCAGGACGGAUUUAAGACUCAAUCAGCCAAGAUAUGCGACUCUCCCCAACAUAAUGAAAGCAAAAUCGAAGACGAUCAAGAAGGUGACUCCCGAGGAGCUGAAGGUGGGGAUCAAUUCAGGCUUGGAAGUUGUUCAGGUUUCGGAGCCUCCCAGGAGGAAAGCCGGCGUGAUCCUCUCCUCAGUUGACGAGCUGCUGGACAAGCUGAAGAAUGAAGCGCACGUCCUGUGA